AUGCGUUUCUCAGCUCUAGCCCUCCUUCCAUUCUUAGCCACAGCUGUCAUUGCUCAACAAAAGGGAGAUAAGGGCGAAUGUCGGAAUGACGCCGACUGUAUCAGAUGCGUAAACGGCGUCACGCCACUCAUUUGCAAAACUGAUGCCACCUCAACAACUGGAAAGCGAUGCGGUGUUACGGGCGGGCCUUGUCGUCCUAUCAACACGAGGAGGUGGCAGGAGCGUAUGAUUUGA